CGGUGAGGGGGCUCAGCCGCGACCGGCGAUUGCAUGUGGCCUCGGCUCGCCAACGCCAGUCCGUCCGUGGCGACGCGUGGAGGGUACGUCCGCGAGGAUCCGCGAGUGGUGUAACCCACGGGAAGCGGCGUCGCUAUGAAGAUCCUCGGCAUCCAGUUCGCCCCGUGGCGCAUCCCCUGGCAGCGGCGCCUGCAGACCUCCGUCGUCGCUUCCUGGAUCUCCACGUUCGUGUUCAUGGGCCUGGGCGGGCUGCUGCUGCUGGCGUACCUGCUGCUGUUCACGCGCUUCUGGUGGGUCUCGGUGGCGUACGCCGGCUGGUUCUGGUACGACAAGGACGCGUGCAACCGCGGCGGCCGGCGCUGGCAGUGGGUGCGGCGCUGGCAGCUCUGGCGCCACUUCCGCGACUACUUCCCCGUGCGCCUGGUGAAGACGUGCGACUUCAGUCCGGACGAGAACUACCUGGUCGGCUCGCACCCGCACGGCGUGCUCUGCGCCGGCGCCUUCUGCAACUUCUGCACGGAGGGAAACGACUUCUCCGGCACGUUCCCCGGCAUCACGCCGCACAUGCUCACGCUCGAGGGCAACUACUCGCAGCCGUUCUACCGCGAGUUGUUCAUGGCCACGGGUGGCGUGGCGGCCACCAAGCGCUCGAUGGAGUACCUGCUCUCGCUGCCCACGCGGGGUCAUAUGCUGGUGCUCGUGGUCGGUGGCGCCCCCGAGGCGCUGAUGGCUCGUCCAGGAGUCAGCCAGCUCUACAUCAACCGCCGCAAGGGCUUCAUCAAGAUCGCGCUCCGCUUCGGCGUCUCCCUGGUGCCCGUCUUCCACUUCGGCGAGACGGACGUCUACACGCAGGUGUGGAACCCGGAGGGCUCGCGCCUACGCCGCUGGCAGGAGUGGCUGAUGCACUACAUCGGCUUGGCCCCCGUGCUCUUCCUGGGGCGCGGCAUGCUCCAGUACAACUUCGGCAUCGUGCCCUUCCGCCGGCCCGUCACCACGGUCCUGGGACGGCCGAUCCCCGUGCAGAAGAGCGCCGACCCCAGCCAGCAGCAGAUAGACGAGCUGCACGAGCGCUACAAGGUGGCGCUGAAGGAGCUCUACGACACGCAUCGGCACAAAUACGCGCUGGAUCCGACCGUGGAGCUGGAGUUUAAGUGAAGGCGGCCGGGCGUGAGUCGCUCGCAGUUGAUGAACGUCCACUACCGCUGGUGUUCUUUUGUAGUAAGCCUGCGUGUCCGAGUGUUAAGUCUUUCAGUGUGUGGGAUGUCGCAUGCAUUUAUUGAAACGGAAAUGUUGUAGCGUACUGGCAGAUAGGUGGUGGCUUUUCAGCACCACCCACGUUAAGCCGUGAUGUUGUCAUUGUGACGCUUACUGCGAUGUCGAAAUCGGCUGUUUGUUGUGGUUGUAGUCGUA